CGUGUCAAAACCCGAAUCUGGUUACAAAUUCACUCAACUUUAACAAACAUCAAUGUUGUAAGGCGAAGCGUAAAAAUAAAAAAUUUAAAAAAUAAAACCAGUUUCCAUUGACAGUUUACCCGAUUAUUUGAACUUACACCUGUCUCAGAUCCAUAUGUGAAAGAUAAUUGUUUCUGACAGAAUUGCAGAAUGGAUUUGACGGUGAAUGAAAAGCCAUAUUCCUCAAACCUUUAUUCUUCUACUUCUUUUCCCUCGUUCUGUUUUUGUCCGUGCUCCUUAGACGCGAGUCCGUCAGAACCGGAGAAAUUGUUUGAGCAGUUAAAAGACUGUUUCUGGGACCAUUUGUUUCCAGCUGAAUGUAUGAGCUAUUGUCCUCAAUGUCGGCAACUUAAAUGUCCAAAGUGUGUUGAGGAAUACAUCAGUGAAUACUAUUGCGACAAUUGUUCACAAAGCAUGCCUGCUGUGGUCGCGAAGGUAAUGAACGGAAAGUGCUCUCAUUGCUACUGUUGUCCUAAGUGCAUGGCCGCGACCAAGUACAUGUACAGUAAGCAGUCAAAGGCCUAUUACAUUGCAUGUCCUAAAUGCAAAUGGAACUCCCAAAGUCUGUGGACAAAUGUCAAGUCAUCAUCCGACUUAGUCGCGUUGUUUCGUAAAAGCUAUGACUCCUACGCAAAUUCGUUUCAAGAAAUACGCGAAAAAGUCAUAUCAGGUUCAUAUAUGGACCUAAUAAACGGGAAAUCAUCUCAGCGACAAGGUGAUCCCGUGGUCUUAUUACCGACAAAUACCGAUAUUAGGUCAGCAGCAGAUCGAAUAAUUCAGCUACAAGCGGCUUCCUUGCAGCAACAGCAAGGUCAGAACAGCAACAAUGAAGAUAAGGACAAAUCACUAGACAUUGUAUUCCCAAUGGCAAGUGUCCCGUGUUAUUCCGACGCAGUAGUAAGCAAUGUCGGGUUUACGGCUCAAAAUAAGAUGUUUACCGAAAGACAACUUCCGAUUCCUGCUCCCUUAAAAGGAAAGCUCUCGCGGCGCUGUCAGAAGUGUUCAGAACAGCUCGAUGAAACUUCCACUUUGUCAGAUUUUCCAGAGUUACGUUUGAUAACAGAUGGUCCGGAGAAAUUCGAACUUCCACGAAUUGUGUUGCGCCCAGGUUUGAUCGAUGAAGCGACCGGCUUGGGCGGCCGAAAGAAGCAGCACAUUUACGAAAUGAAACUUGAAAAUGUAAUGGAGAUCCCCAUUGUUGUUCAAUUGACGCUUCCAAGCAAUUGCAGUCUUUCCACUUUUGAAAAUAUCACGCUAAGCUCAGAUCAGGUUUUUCUAGCACCCUCAAACUACUACCUCUCAAACUCACCAGAUCUAUACGUUCAUCCGAGGAGAUAUAAUAUAAAAUAUACGAGUUCUGCUUUGAUACACAUCUAUAGCGACUGUGAGCUCAUCUUCCGCGAGAAUCCAUUUUCCGUUUUUUUCCCUCUUCACAUACAGUUAUUUUCCUUUCCAAAAUUGGCGCCAUCUCUUAUUAGUGGCGCUGGAAGCGAUCAACUACUAAUAUCGGGAAAUCUCGAGGCAAAUCGAUGCUUCGUUAAUUACUGGCUCUAUUUCACACUUUCACAUUAACCACAUAUAACACACUAUUACACAAGAACUGGUAUAAGCGGUAAACCGAGCCUUAAAUCCUGCGAUUAGGACA